AUCCUGGAGAGUACCCAGGAGGACCAUGCAGACAGCGGGCCCCUGAGAGAGGCCCUGGAGCGGGCCGAGGAGCUGUGUACUCAGGUCAACGAGGGGGUCAGGGAGAAGGAGAACUGUGAGAGGUUGGAGUGGAUACAGACACACGUACAGUGUGAGGGAGUCACAGAGGUACACACACACACACAUACUGUACACAUACACACAACCACACACACACACACCGUAUACACACAACCACACACCUACAUACACACAACCACACACACACACACCUACAUACACACAACCACACACACACACACACACACACCUACAUACACACAACCACACACACACACACACACACACCUACAUACACACAACCACACACACACACACACCUACAUACACACAACCACACACACACCUACAUACACACACCGUAUACACACACCGUAUACACACACCGUAUAGACACACCGUAUAGACACACCUACAUACACACACAGUAUACACACACCGUAUACACACACCGUAUACACAUACUAUCUGUGUAUCUGACUCACUCACUCUAACGCACACACAACCUCACACACACACACCUACAUACACACACCGUAUACACAUACUAUCUGUGUAUCUGACUCACUCACUCUAACGCACACACAACCACACACCUCUGUAACCUGUCUCUCCCCUGCAGAACUUUGUGUUUAACUCUCUGACUAACUGCCUGGGGCCUCGUAAGCUGCUGCACAGUGGGAAGGUGUACAAGAUGAAGAGCAAUAAGGAGCUGUGGGCCUUCCUCUUCAAUGACUUCCUACUGCUCACCCACGCUGCCAAACAGUUCAGCUCCUCAGGACCAGACAGACUCUUCACCAGCAAGAACAGCACACAACUUAAGAUGUACAAGCCGGUGAGAGACACACACACACACACACACACACACACACACACACACGCCACGCUCACACACACAUAUUAGUUCCAAAUGGAGUUCCAAAAUCAUUCCUUACCCCAGGAUACUUCAACGGGUGACUAUCAUUCCUUACCCCAGGAUACUUCAACGGGUGACUAUCAUUCCUUACCCCAGGAUACUUCAACGGGUGACUAUCAUUCCUUACCCCAGGAUACUUCAACGGGUGACUAUCAUUCCUUACCCCAGGAUACUUCAACGGGUGACUAUCAUUCCUUACCCCAGGAUACUUCAACCGGUGACUAUCAUUCCUUACCCCAGGAUACUUCAACCGGUGACUAUCAUUCCUUACCCCAGGAUACUUCAACCGGUGACUAUCAUUCCUUACCCCAGGAUACUUCAACGGGUGACUAUCAUUCCUUACCCCAGGAUACUUCAACGGGUGACUAUCAUUCCUUACCCCAGGAUACUUCAACGGGUGACUAUCAUUCCUUACCCCAGGAUACUUCAACGGGUGACUAUCAUUCCUUACCCCAGGAUACUUAAACGGGUGACUAUCAUUCCUUACCCCAGGAUACUUCAACAGGUGACUAUCAUUCCUUACCCCAGGAUACUUCAACCGGUGACUAUCAUUCCUUACCCCAGGAUACUUCAACGGGUGCCUAUCAUUCCUUACCCCAGGAUAUUUCAACGGGUGCCUAUCAUUCCUUACCCCAGGAUACUUCAACGGGUGACUAUCAUUCCUUACCCCAGGAUACUUCAACGGGUGACUAUCAUUCCUUACCCCAGGAUACUUCAACAGGUGCCUAUCACUCCUUACCCCAGGAUACUUCAACGGGUGACUAUCAUUCCUUACCCCAGGAUACUUCAACGGGUGACUAUCAUUCCUUACCCCAGGAUACUUCAACGGGUGACUAUCAUUCCUUACCCCAGGAUACUUCAACGGGUGACUAUCAUUCCUUACCCCAGGAUACUUCAACGGGUGACUAUCAUUCCUUACCCCAGGAUACUUCAACGGGUGCCUAUCAUUCCUUACCCCAGGAUAUUUCAACGGGUGCCUAUCAUUCCUUACCCCAGGAUACUUCAACGGGGUGGACUAUCAUUCCUUACCCCAGGAUACUUCAACGGGUGACUAUCAUUCCUUACCCCAGGAUACUUCAACGGGGGGACUAUCAUUCCUUACCCCAGGAUACUUCCAACGGGUGACUAUCAUUCCUUACCCCAGGAUACUUCAACCGGUGACUAUCAUUCCUUACCCCAGGAUACUUCAACCGGUGACUAUCAUUCCUUACCCCAGGAUACUUCAACCAGUGACUAUCAUUCCUUACCCCAGGAUACUUCAACCGGUGACUAUCUAGGAGAAUAAAGAAAAAGGAGCUCUGUGUUUCUGCAGCAUAGAGCUGAUUUAUUUAUUGACAGGACAAACAAACAGGCUUACCUUUCUAUGUAAUCGCCUUCAUCAGAGCCUUGGGUAGGAAAGGCUGGGAGUUACCUAUAAACAGGCUUACCUUUCUAUGUAAUCGCCUUCAUCAGAGCCUUGGGUAGGAAAGGCUGGGAGAUACCUAUAAACAGGCUUACCUUUCUAUGUAAUCGCCUUCAUCAGAGCCUUGGGUAGGAAAGGCUGGGAGUUACCUAUAAACAGGCUUACCUUUCUAUGUAAUCGCCUUCAUCAGAGCCUUGGGUAGGAAAGGCUGGGAGGAUACCUAUAAACAGGCUUACCUUUCUAUGUAAUCGCCUUCAUCAGAGCCUUGGGUAGGAAAGGCUGGGAGGUACCUAUAAACAGGCUUACCUUUCUACGUAAUCGCCUUCAUCAGAGCCUUGGGUAGGAAAGGCUGGGAGAUACCUAUAAACAGGCUUACCUUUCUAUGUAAUCGCCUUCAUCAGAGCCUUGGGUAGGAAAGGCUGGGAGAUACCUAUAAACAGGCUUACCUUUCUAUGUAAUGGCCUUCAUCAGAGCCUUGGGUAGGAAAGGCUGGGAGAUACCUAUAAACAGGCUUACCUUUCUAUGUAAUCGCCUUCAUCAGAGCCUUGGGUAGGAAAGGCUGGGAGAUACCUAUAAACAGGCUUACCUUUCUAUGUAAUCGCCUUCAUCAGAGCCUUGGGUAGGAAAGGCUGGGAGUUACCUAUAAACAGGCUUACCUUUCUAUGUAAUCGCCUUCAUCAGAGCCUUGGGUAGGAAAGGCUGGGAGGUACCUACACAGCCUUUUGUUGAAGAUGGGCUGAAGCGUGUUUGGGUAGACUUUCUUUCUGUGUAUAAUGUCAUGGUUAUGAGAGGCUAAUGAAGCAUGUUGUUUCCUCCUGUAGCCGGUGUUCCUCAACGAGAUUCUAGUGAAGCUGCCUGAUUCCUCCAGUGAAGAGCCCUUCUUCCACAUCUCCCACCUAGACAGAGUCUACAGCCUCAAAACAGAGAACAUCAACGAGAGGUGUACACAUACACAUCUCACACACACACACAUCUCACACACACACGACACACACAUGCACAAACACAAAUGCCACACACACUUCUAUGCAGGCACUCGCUCAUGGUGUGUGUGUGUGUUCUCCGUUCUGCAGGACGGCCUGGGUUCAGAAGAUCAAAGCUGCAUGUGCAGACUUCUUCGAGACGGAUAAGAAGAAGAGAGCAAAGGCCUACCAAGGUCAGCCUCCACGCACGCACACACACACACACACACACGCACGCACGCACGCACACACACACACGCAACACCAGUGACCUAGUAGUAUUCUGACUCCUCCUCCACUGUAUUUGGACUCCUCCUCCUCCGUAUUCUGACUCCUCCUCCUCUGUAUUCUGACCCCUUCUCUUCUGUAUUCUGACCCCUCCUCUCUGUAUUCUGACCCCUCCUCUCUGUAUUCUGACCCCUCCUUCUCUGUAUUCUGACCCCUCCUCCUCUGUAUUCUGACUCCUCCUCCUCUGUAUUCUGACUCCUCCUCCUCUGUAUUCUGACUCCUCCUCUUCUGUAUUCUGACUCCUCCUCCUCUGUAUUCUGACCCCUCCUCUCUGUAUUCUGACCCCUCCUCUCUGUAUUCUGACCCCUCCUCCUCUGUAUUCUGACUCUUCCUCCUCUGUAUUCUGACUCCUCCUCCUCUGUAUUAUUAUUAUAUUAUAUUCUGACUCCUACUCCUCUGUAUUCUGACUCCUACUCCUCUGUAUUCUGACUCCUACUCCUCUGUAUUCUGACUCCUCCUCCUCUGUAUUCUGACUCCUCCUCCUCUGUAUUCUGACUCCUCCUCCUCUGUAUUAUUAUUAUAUUAUAUUCUGACUCCUACUCCUCUGUAUUCUGACUCCUACUCCUCUGUAUUCUGACUCCUCCUCCUCUGUAUUCUGACUCCUCCUCCUCUGUAUUCGGACCCCUCCUCCUCUGUAUGUCUACAGCUCGUUCUCUGAAGGCCAGUGGAAUCGGCCGUCUGUUAGUCACCAUCCUGGAGGCCACUGAACUGAAGUCCUGCAAACCCAACGGUAAGGCUUAUACACAUCAUACAUAGUUUACCCACACAGCAGACAUGAACUAGUACCAUCUAACCACAGGAUGAGUGUUUACAUUGUAACACUGUAACUCAUGUACAGUCUGAAUUUAUCCUUUGGGCACUGGUAUGGAAUAAAACCCUUCUCCUUUCUCCUCCUCCAUCCCUCCCACUCCUCUCCUCCUCCUCCUCCUCCUCCUCCUCCCCCCUAGGUAAGAGUAACCCUUACUGCGAGGUGACCAUGGGAGCUCAGAUCUACACCUCCAGGACCCUGAGUGACACGGUCAACCCCAAGUGGAACUUCAACUGUCAGUUCAACAUCCAAGACCUGUACCAGGAUGUCCUCUGCAUCACCAUCUUCCAGAGGGACCAGUUCUCCCCUGACGGUCAGCACACACACACACACACACACACACACACACACACACACAGGAAACAAGACACUCUGGCCGCGUUGGCCAGACAGACUACAUUCAGACGCAUGCCAGAUCUCACAAUGCUUGGAUAGGUAUUUAACAUAUCAGCUAACCACAUCAUUUGAUAUAGCAAUCUGAUGCAGGACUGUGCAGUCCAUGGUGUGGGACAUAACCAUUGGUUGAUGCAAUUCAAGUGCAACGUCUGCAAUCUAGUAGGCCUGGAACACAACCUCUAUCUAUAGGGAAUGUGUCAGACGGCUAACUAGUCAGACGGCUAACUAGUCUCUCAGACUGUUAACUAGUCUCUCAGAUUGCUAACUUGUCUCCUCUCGGCCGUUACCCAGACUUCCUGGGUCGUACGGAGGUUCCCGUGGCAACCAUAAAGAAGGAGUUGGAGAACAAGGGGCUAGUGACGCGCCGCUUGCUGCUCCACGAGGUCCCCACUGGAGAGGUGUGGGUCCGCCUCGACCUGCAGCUCUUCCAACACAGUGAAUCCAAAUAA